CAUCCUGUUUGUUCUCUGCACUCGUACCCAUCGCUUUCAUUCAUCAAGCGAACCCUUCUUUUUUUUCUUGUUCUUUUUAUUUUCCCGCCACCAGUUCCAUUGUCUUAAGAAACCACACUUACAAUGGGCGGAGAAUCAGCAACGGAUAUUUUGGCCAGGAUAUGGCCCGAGUACGAUCCCAAUGGAUACGGCAUCGUGGCUGAAAUGAUGGAAAAGGUCUUGCGGCGAGUCGAGCAGGAGCAAGGAACCUCGCUGCUGAAGCAAUCGAGCUGGGAGGAACUCGCAGACUAUAUUGCACGUGUCGAGGGCACCGUCGUCAGCCAGAAGGAUCUCGGGGACCUUCUCAGCCUUCUUCAGGGAACCCCGCCCCCCAUGCCCGAAUCACUUCCCAUAGUCGAGACGUCCAUGGAGGAGGACCAGGGUUCUUUUCAGGAGUCUGAUGAUCUACAAAACAAUAACGACCCAUACCUCCAUCAACUCGAGGACCGGCCCUCGUCCUCCGAGAAACAUCUGCAUCCACGGCACCACUCCUCAAUCUACGCUCGGCCAAGAGGUUCGCCGAUCCGAAAGAUCUCCCUUAGCGAAUCGUCAUCUCAGUAUCGCUCUCGCCCCUCUAGGUCCCACGGGUCUUCAGCUGAUGACUCGGACGAGAGUGAAUAUCGAGUGUCGUCUCCUGGAAUGCUCGACAAAGAUCUUUUUUCCCCCUCUUUUGACUUUCUUUUUAUGCGAAAGUUGGGGCAUACAGAAACAGACGGGAUGUGAACAUAUGAUGGCGCAUAUGGGUCGACAUUUUUUUUCUCUCUUCUCUCUUUAUUGCAUGGAGUGUACUUGCAGCAGAGAUUAUCCUAAAUACUAACGCACUGACUGAUCCUACUUGACUC